AUGAGUGGAAAACCUGCGCUUGGUCUUCUCGGCGGCGGCCAACUCGGCCGUAUGCUCUGCGAAGCCGCAUCUCCUCUCGAAGUCGAAAUCGCCAUCCUCGACGCCCAAGACGCACCCGCCAAGCAAGUUAGCCGUAGCAAAUACCACGUCGACGGUUCUUUCAAAGACUCCCAGAAGAUCAGAGAGCUCGCCAGUAGCUGCAGCGUUCUCAGCGUCGAGACGGAGCAUAUCGAGACUGCUGUUCUAGAAGAGUUGGCCACCGAGGGAAAAGUCGUGGUUUAUCCUUCGUGGAAGACGCUACGCUUGAUUCAGGAUAAGUUUGAGCAGAAGGAUUAUCUGGGAAAGCAGGGUAUUCCUAUCGCUGAGCAGGUCGCUAUUCAGGCAGAGGGUGCGGAGGAGAUGCGAAAGGCGCUGAAGGAUGUUGCGGCCAAGUUUGGAUUUCCUUAUAUGCUCAAGUCGCGAAAGGAUUCGUACGAUGGGCGCGGAAACAUCAAGAUUGCGAAUGAUGAGGAUAUCGAGACUGCUGUGAGCGAAUUUGGAAAGCUCCAGUGCUACGCUGAAAAGUACGUACCUUUCCAGCGUGAGCUCUCGGUCAUUGUUAUUCGCACAGAGGACGCUGAGGGUCGAACAAAGCGUCUUGUGCCGUAUCCUUGCGUCGAGACCGUUCAUGAGGACAAUGUCUGCUCACGGGUUUACAUGCCUCCUCGCGAUACACCCGAUGAGGUGUCCAAGCGUGCGCAAGAGGUUGCUGUCAGUGUUGUUGAGAAGCUCUGGGGACGCGGUGUUUUUGCUGUGGAGAUGUUUGUGACGGAGAAGAAUGACAUCCUUGUCAAUGAGAUUGCGCCACGACCUCACAACUCUGGUCAUCUAACUAUCGAAGCCGUUCCCUACAUGUCUCAGUACAAGGCGCAACUCACAUCCAUUCUCGAUGAGCCCCUCCCCGAAAAGCUUGAGCCCCACGUCGCAUCCAGCAUCAUGAUCAACAUCCUCGGAGGCGCCGAACCAGAAUCUCACAUCCCUCUCGUGCAAAAGGCCAAGUCCAUGUUCGCCAGCAACAUCGGUGUGUACCCCCACCUCUACGGCAAGCAGUCCAAGCCCGGCCGCAAGAUCGGUCACAUCACCCUCACCGGAUUGACCGCCAACAUCAAAGAGCUCGAGGAGUAUGCCCAGCCUCUUGUCAAGUUGGCUGCCGAUAUGCGACAAGAGCGCAUUCAAGCCAAGAGCAAGAGCCUUCGUCCUGAACAGGCUGUUGCCAAGACUACAAAAGAUCCUUUGGUUCUGGUUACCAUGGGCUCCGAUUCUGAUCUCCCUGUUCUCAAGGCUGGUCUUGAUAUCCUCACUCAGUUUGGCGUUCCCUGGGAGGUUGACAUUACGUCUGCUCACCGAACACCUGUCAAGAUGGGUGAUGUUGCGACUGCUGCUGCUGACCGGGGUAUCAAGGUCAUCAUUGCCGCUGCAGGAGGAGCUGCCCAUCUUCCUGGCAUGGUCUCAGCAUACACCCCUCUUCCUGUCAUUGGCGUUCCUGUCAAGGCUACUCACCUGGACGGAAUGGACUCUCUUCUGAGCAUCGUCCAAAUGCCUCGAGGCGUUCCUACAGCCACCGUGGGCAUCAACAACUCCACCAACGCUGCUCUUCUCGCUAUCCGAAUCCUGGGCGCUUUCGUGCCAGAGUACCUCGAGAAGAUGAGGGCUUACCAGGUUGACAUUGGUGAGCAGGUGAAUGGUAAGGCUACUCGAUUGAGGGAGUCUGAUGUUGAGUCGUACUUGGCUCAAAUGAAGAAAUGA